UUUCCUUUGGAAUAAAUGUUGAUAUUAAUGGAUUUCAUAUUUUCGAUUUUUCAGAUAUUUCUGUUAUUAUUAAUGUCUCUCUACUUGGCUUCAUAUGCAGUAGUAUCACGCUUUCGGAGAAAAGAUCGUGAUGAUCUAUUUUCUAAUGAUGAAGAUGAAGUAUUGGUAUAUCGCAUAAGCUCUUGGUUGUGCACUUUUUCGAUGGCGAUUGCUGUAGGCGCCGCCCUACUACUGCCAGUCUCCAUUGCCAGUAAUGAAGUUUUAUUAUUGUAUCCGAAUAGUUACUAUGUGAAGUGGUUAAAUAGUUCAUUAAUUCAGGGCUUGUGGAAUCACAUAUUUUUGUUUUCGAAUUUGUCGCUAUUUGUGUUCUUGCCAUUCGCUUACUUGUUCACCGAAUCGACUGGAUUUUUUGGGCAUAAAAAGGGCAUCAUUUCACGUGUCUAUGAAACGUUUACUGUGUUCAGCUUGCUAGCUAGCGUGGUACUAGCUUUAGCUUAUGUACUUUCCGCUGUUAUUGAUCCGAAAAGAAUUGGAUUUUUAUCUGUUCUUAAUUUGGGCAGCGUACAUUUGCCAUUUCUAUAUUCUUGCGUAUCAUUUCUGGGAGUGCUGUUAUUGUUGGUCUGCACUCCAUUCGGCUUUGUGCGCUUGUUUGGCGUUGUGGGUCAAGUACUUGUUAAACCUCAUCUGUUGCGAGAAGUCAAUGACAAAUAUUACAUUUUUCAUGUGGAAGAGGCUAGUGUUAGACGUAAGCUGACUAAACGAGAAAUGGAAAAUAAAAGUAAAAUCGGAAGACUAAAUGGAUUCAGUUAUAAUGGAUUAAAUACUAGUCAAUUGAGCAAUAGCAGUUUCAACGACAGCAAUUUCAAUAGUAGUCAUUUAAUAAAUAAUAGCAAUAAUAGAAACGAAAGUCAUGGAAGUUACAACAUUGAUACUAGCUCGCCGCAUGAAUUUAACAGUAGUUAUUAUCAUCCAUCUAUAAAAACAUUAUAUCAACGAAAACCAAUGAACGGCGAACUAAACGACGAAGAAGCCGCACUCAAUGAAAGACUGAGAGAAUUGGAGUCUGAACGCAAAGAACUGGAUAAAUUGCGUAAAUCUUCAGCAUUUCAACGUAAUUUUGUAUAUCCUUUUGCAAUGUUACUGUUGUUAUUCCUAACAGGCGUUACUAUUUUGCUUGUUGUGCAGAACACACUCGAGUUACUUAUUGGUAUCAAAGCGCUGCCAUUAAGUACGAGGCAAUUUACACUAGGCAUAAGUUCAUUGUCCAAACUUGGACCCUUUGGUGCUGGCUUAGAGGUUUUCCUAAUAUUAUACUUAGGCGCAACCUCUGCUGUGGGCUUUUAUACGAUGCCAUUUAUGCGCCAUGUGCGUCCACAGAAACGUAGAACUUCACUAUCUCAAUUGAUACUCAAUUGCGCGUUAGUGUUGAUAUUAAGUUCAGCCUUGCCACUGCUCAGUAGAAUAAUUGGCAUUACCAACUUUGAUUUGCUUGGCGAUUUUGGUGCUAUCGAAUGGUUGGGAAAUUUUCAGAUUGUGCUUUUGUAUAAUCUGGUCUUUGGUACCACAACUGCACUUUGUUUAGCCAAUAAAUUUACAGCAACGGUGCGACAAGAAUUGUGCGCACGGUUAGUAGAGAACUAUGUGACUCACUCGCAUUCAAGCCCACCUUGUGUAUGUGUUACUUCUAGCUUUACAACAGGAUUACAAAUUCCGUUGUUUCUGUUGGUGGUUCUUAAGUUCCUUAAUAAUGAUUUGUGUAGUAUAAAUGUGUUAAAUACUUCCUCAGUUCCAAUAUAA